CAGCGGGAUAUGUUGACAUGUGCCAUAAUCUCAGUACAAAUUGAUAGUCAUAAUAAAAAAGAGAGACAGAAGAAGAGUGAUUAUUGGCUGCUGGGAAAGGGGGGACAAAAGCGGUUUCACCUGCCAGGUGGAGUGUGGAGGAGAGACAGUGAGAGAGAGGGGCAGGGAGAAAAGAAGCGGGGCGAGAAAAAGUCGACUUACCUGUAACCCAACUUCUGGCAGCUCACUCACUCUAUUACCUGCUCCGACUUGAAAGUCCAGUUUCACAAGGAAGAAUCGUAGAGGAAGCAAAAUAUGUCACAGGAGACAGACAAUAAACGUCUGGUGGUGGUGGUCCCCAACGAGAGCUCCUUCCCUGCAGUGCGGCGGGCCUACACCAGUGAGGACGAGGCAUGGAGGUCGUACCUGGAGAACCCGCUGACGGCGGCCACCAAGGCUAUGAUGACCAUGAACGGGGACGACGACAGUGCCAACGCCUUGGGACUGCUGUACGACUACUACAAGGUGCCUAAAGAAAAGAGGCUUCUGUCUGUUCCAAAAGUCACUGAAAUGACAGAGGAGCAGGAGAAGAGGUCUACUUUACCAAGCACUCCCAGCAGCCAAAGCGAGGUGGAGACAGUAGACAACCGUGUCCAGGUCCUCAAAUCCGUCCCUGUUAACCUGUCACUGAACAUGGAGCACCAGGAAGCCAAACGGGAGCAGUUCAGCGGCACGACAGGGACGACCGGGGCGGCGUCAGGGGACGGAGGCUCGCCGGCUGUGGCCGUGGUAAAGGCAGAGAUGUACGCACCUGUCUUCAUGACGGGAGCGGGCGUUCACUACAGGGUGGAAGGAGAGGAGUCGGGCAGGGUGAUCUACGAACAGAGUCCGUACGAGGUGACCACCGUCAGUCACAGCUCGUAUGUGAAAGAAGACCAGCAGAGUCCGCCUGACAGUCCGUAUGAAGAGGAGAGAGACGGGAAGUAUCACACACCUUCCUCUCUGGCUCCAGAUGACUUCUUAUUUCACCAGGAGGGAGUUGAUAGCUUCCAGUACACGUUGGACGCUACUCGCUCGCUACGUCAGAAGCUGGGCGAAGGACCGAUGACCUACCUGAACAAAGGCCAGUUCUACGCCGUGACACUCAACGAGCUCAGUACCAACAAACGCCUCCGUCACCCCAUCAGCAAAGUCCGGAGUGUGAUCAUGGUGGUGUUCAGCGAAGACAAGAACCGAGACGAGCAGCUUAAAUACUGGAAGUACUGGCACUCCCGGCAGCACACGGCCAAACAGAGAGUCUUAGACAUCGCUGAUUACAAGGAGAGCUUCAACACAAUCGGCAACAUUGAAGAAAUCGCCUACAACGCCAUCUCCUUCACCUGGGACGUGAAUGAAGAGGCCAAGAUCUUCAUCACAGUCAACUGUCUGAGUACAGACUUCUCCUCUCAAAAGGGGGUCAAGGGUCUUCCUCUGAUGAUCCAGAUCGACACGUACAGCUACAACAACCGCAGCAACAAGCCCCUGCACAGGGCCUUCUCACAGAUCAAGGUCUUCUGUGACAAGGGGGCAGAGAGGAAAAUAAGGGAUGAGGAGAGAAAACUGUUCCGCAAGAAGUCAAAAGGCAAAGACGGAGGCGUAGGCGUGAUAACUGUUCCCAAGAAGUCUGACACCACCUAUUUCAAGACCAUGACCGACCUGGAGGCUCAGCCCGUACUCUUUAUCCCUGACGUUCACUUUGGCAACCUGCAGAGGGCCGGACAGGUGUUUACCUUCAACACGGAGGAGAUCGAGAGAGAAGGGAGCGUGCUGGUGAAGAGGAUGUUCAGGCCGUCAGAUGAAGAUCUGUGUCCGUCACCUCACAAACAGAUCAAAGAGGAGACGCACAAGAGAGUGCUUUUGUACGUAAGAAAGGAAACAGACGAGGUGUUUGACGCUCUGAUGUUGAAGUCUCCCACGCUCAGAGGCCUUAUGGACGCUAUAUCAGAGAAGUACGGCGUGCCCACAGAGAGGAUAGCCAAAGUGUACAAGAAAAGUAAAAAAGGGAUCCUGGUGAACAUGGACGAUAACAUCAUCGAGCAUUACUCCAACGAGGACACCUUCAUCCUCAACAUCGAGAGCUACGCAGACACCUACAAGGUCACGCUGACCGAGAUCUGACAGCCUGUCAGCCGACCGAAGGGCCGCAGGUAGACAAAAAAGAGACUGCUGGUUGGCUGAUAUCUACCAGGCUGCUACUGAUUGGCUGAUAAGCUGACUGACAGUAUUGAGGACAGUCCAUUGGUGGUGUUGCUCCGACACUCCGAGGUCAACGUCAACACGCCUGAUCCCUCUCUGACACUGUUACGCUAUGAAGCAAGUCGUCUUUUCUGUGCAGGAGGACGACACAAAAAGAGGACAUUAUAGAAAUACUUGUGAACUUGUUAUAUUUCCUUCCUCAUCAUACUCAUCCUCUGUGUUGUGAGGUGAAAUGAUGGAGAACAGACCAUGUUCUCCACAGUUUCAUUUUUUAUUGUACAGUAUAAAAGAAUUUGAAUUGUUUGAAUGUACAGUCUUUGUGUUUUUGCCAAAUAACACGUCAGGAUUAGACUCAUGAAACACCUGAUGUACUGUAUGUAGCCGCAGCUUGAAUUAGUUGGUCCUAAGUAAUUUAGCAACUUCUUUGCAUGCCAUCUUUUGUUUUUAUUAGUUGUGUUAUUAUUUAUUAAUGCGUUUAAUGAUAAUAUUUUGCAUUUCGUUAGCAAUUUAUCCAAGAAUUUCAAGUACUUUACAUUAUAGUGACUUUUUGUGCAGUCACCCUCUUUAAGAGUACUCAAGGAGUUUUUCAAUGGGUUAUCUAUUUUUCAGCCAUGUUGUACUUGUAUGUCAACAAAUAGGCUAAGAGUUCAUUUGUAGGACGUUACAUAAGAUGGUGAUGACUAAAAAAAAACACUGUAAACAACUUGUGAGGCACUUGGUUGUUGUGUAGUUCUCAUGUGCUUGGUUGUGUUGAAAAAAUGAAUAAAGAUAUGAACAGA